AUGCAACAACAAGAAAUCUUUCAAAUUUUACCCAAUGAAUUGAUCGGAGAAAUUAUCUGUGGCCACAUUCAUCAUGUUGAACUAAUUUUUUCGCUAAGAAAUGUCUGUCGCUACUGGAGAGGUAUUUGUCAUGAAUUAAUAUGGGAUCACUAUCAAGAAACAAUUUUAAAUCUCAACAAGAGUUGUAAACAAGUUGAGGAUUUGGAUGAUUUUCUAGAUUCUAAAGAGGGAAGAAAAUUCACCAAAUAUUUACUCCGAAAACAAGUUUAUGAACUUGCUUGCAAAUUAUCAAUUAUUGGGUCAGGAGAUGGGGAAGGUAACAAGCAAAUUAUUGCCAUGAAAGAAAAAUGGGUUGAUGAAGAAUUGAGAAUUUUAAAGGGUUACUUUGAAAGAUAUUCUGAUUUACAAGAAUCUCCAAAUAUUGCAAUUGUGAAACCUCAACAACAACCAUCAUCGAAGGGCUUUUUUGGAGGGGCCUUGUCGUUUAUUGGAUCCUUCUUUUCAAGUAAUACUCAAUCAAACUCCCAAUCAAAUUCUCAAUCAAAUGCUCAAUCAAAUUCCCAAUCAAUUACCAGUAAUGUUGUCAAUAGUGCAACUCCAACUCAGAAUUUACCUCCACCAACCCAUGAUUAUCUCACUAAAGUACUAUUGGAUGGAGAUUCUGGAAGUGGAAAGACUUCACUGCUCAACUGUUCCAUGAAUGGUUUGGUUGUGGAACAAAAUGGCGCGUACUAUCCUUCUAUUGGCGUUGACUUUGCAAUCAAAAUGUUUCACUUUGGAGACACAACAAGAGUUAAACUUCAACUGUGGGAUCAAUGUGGUCCAGAACGUUACAGAUCUAUCUCCAUGUCGUUUUAUAGAGGCGCUGCUACUGUUUUACUAUUGCUUGAUCCUAACUCUUACAAAGAAUAUGCCAUAAAAUCACUAGAGGAGAGGUUGAAAUCUAUCAAGAAGCAUGCACCAAAGGCAGAAAUAAUUUUCAUCACAACAAAGAAAGACAAGAAUCAUGAGAGAUGUAUGUCAAAUGAACAAGCAGAUCAGUUUGCAUUUGACAAUUUUGGUGGAAUGCAUUUAGAUAUAACCAACACCCAAUUAGAAGAACCAAAGAGAAUUAUUUGUUAUAGCGCCUUACUCAAAUAUUUACUUUCCUCUAAUAUUUCUCCUUAA